GCGAGGGCGGCCGGUUCCCCUUCCUGCGCGACGCCCGCCGCUUUCGCUUUCGCGGCCGGCUGCUGAGCUGCGCCUUCCCUGCUUCCCUCCGCCCAUGCAGGCUCGGCCCGAGGCGGCGGCGGCGGCGGGGCCAUGGCCGGCUUGGAGCUGCUCUUCCACUCGGUGGCCGCGGAGCUCUCCUGCGCGCAAGACGCCCUCGUCUGCUACCUGCACUGGAGCCUCAUCAGCCGCCACUACCGCUGCCUGGGCGCCGGCGAGCAGCCGGGCACGGUUGAGAAGAAGUCGGAAAUGCUCCCCGCCGGAUGGAAUGCGGACAAAGACCUGUACACUUUGCGCUAUGCGUCGAAGGACGAUUCCUGCCAGCUGUUGCUGAAAGGGAUUAUGAUGGACGGCAGUAUGAUUCUCAACGUUCUGGAUCCCAAAACCAAUAAAGUGGCAGCUUUGACUCUGAAGGUGACCGACUACGUCGACCCAGAACACCUGACAGCUUUCGACAAGGUGUUUAAGAACACGGAUGAGCUGCAGUCAGAGUUUGUCAAACACAUCAUCUCCCCGUUUGAGCCACCCAAAGAAAGAGUCCCUGCCAAGGAGAAGCCGAAGCGUGAGAAGAGCCCUUCCCCACCCAAUCCUCCGGAUCACGACCCGCUAUGGAUCCCGCCUCGGCAUCCUCACGGCGGCUGGCAGCCCCACUGGUCAGACCCGCUGGGGCCCUUCGCUGUUGGUGGAGAAGAUCUGGACCCCUUUGGAGGCCGAAGAGGAGGAAUGAUCUCUGAUCCGCUUCGAUCGGGAUUUCCAAACCCCAUUAUUGACCCUUCUGCAGGACUUCCCAACAGACUUCCUCCCGGAGCUGUUCCUCCUGGCGCCAGAUUUGAUCCUUUUGGGCCCCCCGGAGCUGGCCGUGCUGGGCCAAACCCAGACCAUCUUCCACCUCCAGACUACGAUGACAUGUUCAUGUGAGAGUGGCCGAAGAUCGCCUCUCCGCCUCUCGGGGGAGCCACAGUCGCCUCUGACCCCGACGCUCGGGGUGUACCGGCUUCAGGCUUCCGUUUUCUGUCCUAGCUCUGCAAAAACCGGCUUCCGUUUCUCAGCAUAUAAACCAGAGGAGGAGGCUGUGUGCAUAAAGAUAGAUAUCUCCCACCCUCUUCCCUUGCCAGGUGUUAUUUUGACUCCCCCUUCGUAUUGCCCCCCACCUGCAGUUUUGAGUCUGCAGGUGCCUUUUAAACUAGAGCAGCAUUCUCUAAGAACCGCUGCGGUGUCCCGGGGCUGUAUUAUUUUCAAAAGGAUGUGAUGGCGUGAGAACAAAAUCUGUCCUUUCCUGUAUUCUCUGUAUGUGGUGGUUGCUGGAACCUGGCUGACCAUUGGCCCAACCUGGACAACCUAACUUGGAGUCUUCUGUGAGGCUGGAGGAAGGCUCCAAGGCCACGCUCCUCCUCUUUUCCAAGCCGCUGGCAGAGCUUCAAAGACAGAAGUCAUACGUAUGUGUGAAUGGCUGUCUUCCAAGUGGUUCCCUUAACGUCUCAUUUUCCCUAGCAUUCGCGCUCAUGGGAGCCUGCUAUCAAACUGAGAACAGGCAGGUAGAGUUGGCAGAAGGGCGGGCAUCUUGGCAGGCCAGCUGUUUGCUUUGGUUCAAGUAGAACUGCUUUGGAAACCGCCGGCCCAAAAGCCGGACAUUCCUCUCUUCCUGGUCCAAGCGGACUGCUUCUCUCGCAAGGAGAGUUGCCAGCUUUCUGGCAAGCUCUGCCCUUGUGUGUUUUUAACAGCACCCCGAUACGCAGAAGUCUAGCAAGGGGAAGGUUUUUCCCAGUUUCCCCUGCCAGGUUUCUGUUGAUUGGGCUGCUGUUAGAAAAAUGGGUGCAUCGCAGAGAAACGGAUCACCUCGUUACAAGGGCAGGUGCCCCAAUCUGUCUCCCUCCCCAAAGAUCUCGUUUCCUCAAUCCCUUAAUUGGGAAGCCCCCCAGCCAACCAUUCAGCUGGGGAGGGGUUAAACCCGCCCUAGUUGUUAGGCAACCAUGCUGAGAGUUUUCCAGUGUUUAACUGGUUAUUCUGAAAUUUUAAAGUCCUCCCUAAGGCUUCCCAGCAGCUGUUUUAUUUAUCCAGACAGCAGGAAGGGGUGCCUCUAGUGGGUGCCUUCUGCCGCUGGGGUGACUGUGCCACUUGCUCUAAGAGGAGUUCUGCUCAACACGACUGUGCGCAAAUUCGGCUCUAGGUGGCACGCUCUGGUCUUAGCUGCCAGUCUCUGCAGUUCGCUCAACUUUCCCCAUGCAUUUACAGUGGUGUUGCAAUUGGCCAUACUCCGGGCUUUGCAGAAUUUUCUUCUUCCUGGGCCCGUUGAGCUGGCUUGUCCUGCAGUGGGAGAAGAUGCCGGGAGAACUGACAGGUCUGUUUGAUCUCCCCCCCGCCCCCGGGUGAUAGGUUUCUCAAGACUACUAAAUGUCUGCAUUGUGGAAUUGCUUUUGUGGUGUUUUCUUGGAGCCUUGGCUGUUCUUAUAUAUGCUGUGGCUUAUAUCAAGGCCCGGCAGCCUAGGCAAACUUCGGAAACCAUUUGCAGCCAGAAAUGACACAGGGAAUGGGGUCGUGCUAGUUGCAUUCCCAAGAUGAGCUCAGCAGAAGAGAGGCAAAGGUUCUGUGCGUCAGCCAUGUGAGCUUUAUCAGGAGCAGUACCGAUACUGCAAAGGAACCCUGCUCAUGUCAUCUUUGGGUACUUCCCUGGCUUUGGGGGCUCCCCGAUGCCCGAUUUGCCAACAUCAGAGGCAAAAAAGUGGACCCUCAAAUCUACAUGAGUAUGUUUGGCUUUCCUCCCUUGGGCUGUGAUAGGGAAAUGUAAGGAUCCCGGAGUCUGUCUUUGCUAGAGUUGUUUUUAAGUAGUGAAUGCGUAAGGCUGGUUAAUUCAUUAAAAGUUCCUUUUUUAAAAUCC